GCCGACAUUUCAGUGUCCCAGGCACAGGUACUCUCAGUCUCGUGUGAUACUCUCACACUGCCUCCCCCCACACCAUAGAGAGAGAGAGAGAGAGAGAGAGAGAGAGAGAGAGAGAAUGCUCACACCCCUUAGCUGCCUUCUCUUCUCUCCUUUUCCUUCCAUUCUCAGCCAGGUGGUUCUCUUCUCUUUUUCUAGCCAUUUUCAUUGGAGCACAAGCCCACUAGAGACCUUGUUGCUCUGGGUUGCUUGAAUUCUGUUUGCAUAUGCACACACAGAUACCCAUAUCAUAAAACACCUUGAAAAAUUCUUUCUUUCUUUCUUUCCCAUAUUUCAUUUCAUUUUCUGGGAUCUGCAGCUCAGCUUUCUCACUGAUUGGAAUAAACAAUUGCUGUGGAUAAUUGAAAGGGGUACACCUAUUUUAGGGAGUUGAUUAUGUUGAAGCAAUCACCUAAUAGAAACCAGAGAUCAAAAGGCUUUAAGGUGAAACAUUUUCUUCAGAUAUGUCUAUUGCUUGUCAUUUGCAUUUGGCUGCUUAACCAACUCAAGCUCUCCUAUGAUAAGAAAAACUCUUAUGAUAGUCGCACCGGAGAGGAACUAGAAAAGGUGCAAAGGGAGCAUGAGAAUAUAAAACUUGGAAGGAAGGAUCUCCUUCCUCGAGUUGAUGAAACAACAUUGGAAGGUGAAAGCAAAGGAGAUAAAGCAGAACUAGAAGAAGGGAUUGAAGAGAUUAAACCUGAAGAAGUUGAGGAUGAUGGAAGAGGUGGUGGAGAUGAUGAGAUAGAGAGACAUGAUCAAGAUAGAACAGAAGAGGAAGAAUCUGACGAAGUAGAAGAUCUCAUUGAUGUAGAUGAUAGAGAGAGGGAUGUGGGAACUGAAGAGCACGAGAGUGAAGAGAAGAGCAACCAACUCGAGGAUGCAAGUUCAAUAAAUCAUCGAGCCCAGAAUGGAGGUACAAGGAAUUCUCAGGAGGCAAGAGAGGAACAUUACAAGGGUGAUGAUGCUUCCAGUUCUGUGGUGCACAACAUCCAAAAUCUAAGCUCUGAAUUUCAGAUUGGAGGUCUCAGAAGGAUAAAUGUGGCAAUUGGAUUGAAAAGAGUUGUAACUGGUGAAGAAAAAGAUGAGUUUAAUUCGGCCAAUUCAUAUACUGGCUCAGAAUCUAGUUCACUUACUGAGGCAGUGGCAAAUCAGAAACCAAAAAUUGAGCUUAAUCCAGAAUCAAUCAUUGUGGAAAUGCUGGAGACAAUUCAUCACUUGAAUGCAACUGCUACUGGAGAGCCCACAUUCUUGCAAGCUGCUUCCAGGGAACAAAAUGGAAGCUCCGGUGAAGCCAAGGAAAGCACGCAAUCAAAUGCUAAUUCAACUUUUUCUGCUAUGUCUGGCAGUUUGGGUGCAGUUAACCAUGGGGCAGCCUCUGUUUCCAAGCCUAUGGUUAACAGGCACACUAUCAAACUUGACCCUUCCACUUCGUCAGAGAGAAACAAAUCAACAAUGCUUUAACAACCAUGAACGAGAGUGUUGAUACAGCUAAUAGUCAGGGUUCAACAUCUAUUGCAAAUGAAAGAGAAGAGACUGUAGAAAAAACUCAGCAUCAGUGACAAUUAGUGAGGAUGUAGGUUCUGAAAAAAUGAGUACUUUGACUCGCUUAAGUCCUAACUCUUCCCCGAAGAUUAAAAAAAAAAAAAGAAAGAAAAGAAAAGAAACUAGAGAAAAUGACAGGAAGUAAAAUGCUGAUGAAGCUGAAUAACACAUCAUGAUAACCAUGUCAUAGAUUCACCCUUUUGAGGGUGUGUGAUUUCGUGUCCUUUCACAUUAUGAAUUUUCCUGUAGCUGUGUAAUUGUACACAUAUAUAUGCUCCUCUUUUAUGCUUCAAGUCCAUAAAUGCCGGGAUAAAUAUAUGAUGGUGUAGAAGCUGGAAAAUCAGACGGCUAAUGUGUAUUGCUUGUAUCGUUUUUCAGUUUUUCUAUUUCUUGUGUUCCAUGAUAUUGCAGGCUAGUGGGAGUUGUUUGUC